UCUCUACCCUCCGUAGUUAUUCUCUCUGUCUCUCCCGAUCUCUCUCCUCUUCCUCAAAGCGAUCAGAUCUGCCAAGCGCUAGGGUUUCGUUGCUCCGAUCCUGUUGUCCGUUCAAUGCCGAUCCAUUUCUUGUAAGUUACUAAGGAGGGAUAAGCUUCGAAGUUAGCAUUGGUUGGAUCUGAUUCGAAUUAGAAGCGGCCGGCGAUUCUACUUCUGUCGGCGGGAGACUGUAAGAAGGAGAGACGGCGGAAUCGUGAUCCCAACUCAACUGUAGAUAAUUAACUACUCCGGCAAUUGCUUUAUUUAUUAAUUUAGUCUGUCUCUAGAGUAAAUUUUUUGGAUUCUUCUCAAUUGAUCUGAUUUGAUCGAAGAACAAGAAGAAGAAAGCGGUGCGGUGCGGUGCGGUAGAGUGAUUUGUUUUCUUUUCGAAAUAUGCAGCAAGAUCAGAGAAAAAAGGGUCUAAAAGAGGGGGAUUUCUUCACAGAAUAUGGUGAAGCGAAUCGAUAUAAAAUUCUGGAAGUGAUAGGGAAAGGAAGCUAUGGAGUUGUAUGUGCAGCUAUUGACACACACACAGGAGAAAAAGUUGCAAUUAAGAAAAUAAAUGACAUUUUCGAGCACAUCUCUGAUGCACUCAGAAUCUUGCGUGAGAUAAAGUUGCUUAGGCUAUUGAGACAUCCUGAUAUUGUUGAAAUCAAGUGUAUAAUGCUUCCACCGUCUAGAAGAGAAUUCAAGGACAUUUAUGUUGUUUUUGAACUUAUGGAAUCUGACCUUCAUCAGGUCAUCAAAGCUAAUGACGAUUUGACUCUUGAUCACCAUCGAUUCUUCUUGUACCAGAUGUUAAGAGCACUUAAAUUUAUGCAUACAGCAAAUGUAUAUCAUCGAGAUCUCAAACCCAAAAAUAUAUUGGCAAAUGCAAAUUGUAAACUCAAAAUCUGUGAUUUUGGGUUGGCGAGAGUUGCAUUUAACGAUGCACCAACGACAACAUGUUGGACGGAUUAUGUAGCUACAAGAUGGUAUAGAGCUCCUGAGCUAUGCGGGUCAUUCUUCGCAAAGUAUACGCCCGCCAUUGAUAUCUGGAGUAUCGGUUGCAUAUUUGCUGAAUUACUAACAGGGAAACCAUUAUUUCCUGGAAAAAGUGUUGUUCAUCAGUUGGACUUAAUGACCGAUCUUCUUGGGACACCAUCUGCAGACACAAUAAACGGAGUUCGAAAUGAGAAGGCGAGAAAAUACUUGAUAGGUAUGAGGAAGAAGCAACCUGUUGCAUUCACAGAGAAAUUUCAAAAUGCAGACCCAUUAGCACUUAAGUUAUUGCAAAGAUUAUUAGGAUUUGACCCAAAAGAUAGGCCUACUGCAGAGGAGGCACUGCGUGAUCCAUAUUUCAAGGGUCUAGCGAAAGUAGAGAGGGAACCUUGUUGUCACCCAAUCUCCAAGUUAGAGUUUGAGUUUGAGAGACGACGCUUGACAAAGGAUGAUAUAAGAGAGUUAAUAUUCAAAGAGAUACUAGAAUAUCAUCCUCAAAUGCUCAAGGAUUACAUGGCAGGCAAUGAUGGCCCCAAUUUCCUCUAUCCUAGUGCUGUAGGGCAAUUCAGAAAGCAGUUUGCCUAUCUGGAGGAAAACAAUGGUAAAAACGGGCCUGUCAUCCCGCCAGAAAGGAAGCAUGUCUCACUCCCUCGGUCCACAGUUAACUUGAGUGCUAAUAUGGCACCAUUAACUUAUAGUAAUAAUAGGCAAGGUUCAGAAGAAAUGUACAAUGUCGGCAUUAGAGUUAACGACACAACAAUUCCAGAGAACAUUAUCAGACCAUCGCGCCCACCACCUAGGGUCCCUGCAGCGAAACCCGGGAGAGUUGUCGGGCCAGUUGUACCUUACACAAAUGAUCAUCCAGCAGAGACUCGGAUAUUUAUUUACAAUGGAGGAGUAAAUCCAUCAUCUCAGCCAAUAGUUAAUAAAGAAAAACCCAGAUCAGAAGUUAAUAAUAACAUUAAGAUGAUGAUGAUGCCUGUUGUUAAAGAGAAAGAGCAACUACAACCUCGAACAACAUCAUAUGGCUUGGUCUCGAAACCAGCAGUAGUUUUGCAUACCAACAACAUUGGAAUGAACAAAGAUCCAUACUAUCACCAGCAGCAAGCUUCGAAAGUAAGCCUACUAAACGAUCAAAUCGCACUGAACGCCAGAUUAUUGCACGAGCAGUCUCAGUUCAGUGCGUCGGCUGUUGCUGUGACAGCAGCUCACCACAGGGAGUUUGGAUUGUCUUAGUUAGUGAUGAGUGUGAAUGUAUUUGUGUUUGUACAGUACAGUCUCAACAGGUCAACAAAAAGGUAGUUUUUAUUGUUCAUCACAAAGACCAACCCCAAGUAUAUACAUAUCAUGAGCAGGAGUUAGCCAGCUUAUUCAACAACCCUUCCCUUUAUUUUGGUCCAGAUCCUAUCAUGUUGUAGACAUAAUCAUUCAAAGUUCAUAAUUCAAUUCAUAUU